GAGCCCGCCCGCAUCAUGUUCAACGUGGAGAGCCUGGAGCGCGCCGAGCUCGGGGAGAGUCUGCUCACCUGGAUCCAGACAUUUAAUGUUGAAGCACCAUGCCAGACUGUGGAAGAUUUAACGAAUGGGGUUGUGAUGGCCCAGGUGCUUCAAAAGAUAGAUCCAGCAUACUUUGAUGAUAACUGGUUAAACAGAAUCAAAACAGAAGUAGGAGACAAUUGGAGGCUAAAGAUAAGCAAUCUGAAGAAAAUUUUAAAAGGGAUAUUGGAUUACAAUCAUGAGAUUUUAGGGCAGCAGAUUAAUGACUUUACCCUUCCUGAUGUUAACCUGAUUGGAGAGCACUCAGAUGUUGCAGAGCUUGGAAGAAUGCUUCAGCUCAUUUUGGGAUGUGCUGUGAAUUGUGAGCAGAAGCAAGAGUACAUCCAGACCAUCAUGAUGAUGGAGGAGUCUGUUCAACAUGUUGUCAUGACAGCUAUUCAGGAGUUGAUGAGUAAAGAAUCUCCAGUCUCUGUUGGAAAUGAUGCUUACGUUGACCUUGAUCGUCAGUUGAAGAAAACUACAGAAGAAUUAAAUGAAGCUUUAGCAACAAAAGAAGAAAUUGCUCAGAGGUGCCAUGAAUUAGAUAUGCAGGUUGCAGCACUUCAAGAGGAGAAAAGUAGUUUACUAGCUGAGAACCAGAUCCUGAUGGAACGUUUGAACCAAUCUGAUUCUAUAGAAGAUCCCAACAGCCCUGCAGGACGUAGGCACCUGCAACUGCAGACACAGUUAGAACAGCUCCAGGAGGAAACGUUUAGGCUAGAGGCAGCCAAAGAUGAUUAUCGAAUACGUUGUGAAGAGCUGGAAAAAGAAAUUGCAGAAUUGCGACAGCAGAAUGAAGAGCUAACCACUUUAGCAGAAGAGGCUCAGUCUUUGAAGGAUGAGAUGGAUGUACUUAGGCAUUCCUCUGAUAAAGUGGCUAAGUUAGAAAGCCAGGUAGAGUCAUACAAAAAGAAGCUGGAAGAUCUUGGUGAUCUGCGGCGGCAAGUGAAACUCUUAGAGGAGAAGAACACUAUGUAUAUGCAAAACACUGUAAGCUUGGAGGAAGAACUAAGGAAAGCCAAUGCAGCGCGUAGCCAGCUGGAAACAUACAAGAGACAGGUAGUUGAACUACAAAACAGAUUAUCUGAAGAAUCAAAGAAAGCAGAUAAAUUAGAAUUUGAAUACAAACUGCUGAAAGAAAAAGUAGACAGCCUCCAAAAAGAAAAAGAUAGGUUAAGAACAGAAAGAGAUUCCCUAAAAGAAACUAUCGAAGAGCUUCGAUGUGUACAAGCACAAGAAGGGCAGCUCACCACUUCAGGAUUGAUGCCACUGGGAAGCCAGGAGUCUUCAGACAGUCUAGCAGCAGAAAUUGUUACUCCUGAAAUCAAGGAGAAACUCAUUCGUCUUCAGCAUGAGAACAAGAUGCUGAAGCUUAACCAAGAAGGUUCCGACAAUGAAAAGAUUGCCUUGUUGCAGAGCCUGCUAGAUGAUGCAAAUCUACGAAAGAAUGAACUGGAGACAGAGAACAGGCUGGUAAAUCAGAGACUUCUGGAGGUGCAGUCACAGGUUGAAGAAUUGCAGAAAUCUUUGCAGGAGCAAGGUUCAAAAGCUGAAGAUUCAGUUCUUCUGAAAAAGAAGCUUGAAGAACAUCUGGAGAAGCUGCAUGAGGCUAACAAUGAAAUACAGAGGAAACGAGCUAUUAUUGAAGAUUUGGAACCAAGAUAUAACAACAGUUCACUCAAAAUUGAAGAAUUGCAAGAAGCUUUACGGAAAAAAGAGGAAGAAAUGAAGCAAAUGGAGGAACGAUACAAAAAGUACUUGGAAAAGGCCAAGAGUGUUAUCCGUACUUUAGAUCCUAAACAAAACCAGGGCACAGCUCCUGAGAUUCAGGCUCUGAAAAAUCAACUGCAGGAACGGGACCGAAUGUUUCAUUCAUUAGAGAAAGAAUAUGAGAAAACAAAGACGCAAAGAGAGAUGGAGGAGAAAUUUAUUGUGAGUGCCUGGUACAAUAUGGGAAUGACUCUGCAUAAAAAAGCAGCAGAAGAUAGACUGGCUAGUACAGGUUCCGGACAGUCCUUCCUGGCUAGACAAAGGCAAGCCACCAGCACAAGGAGAUCUUACCCUGGUCAUGUCCAACCAGCUACAGCAAGGUAG